GUGAGGAGGCGUGGUGUUUGCCGGCUUGCGUCAUCUUCGUUGCGAACAGUCUGGAAGGGCGUAUCGACUUUGCCGGUAUAAUUCAUAUCAAAACAGAGUGUUACAGUCGGUUAUAACGGCUGCUCGGGGAGUUCAUACGCAUUAAAACAUGAUCAGGAACGGAAGCCAUGCGGUUGAGGAGGAGGUUAAAGGAGAGUCGAGCUCCUCCAGCCACAGCCCGGAGAAGAGGAAGCGGGUGAUCAGGGUAUGGUGUGACGGCUGCUAUGACAUGGUGCACUACGGUCACUCUAACCAAUUACGACAGGCCAAAGCAAUGGGAGAUUAUCUCGUAGUCGGAGUACAUACAGACGAGGAAAUAGCCAAGCACAAAGGUCCUCCGGUCUUCACGCAGGCCGAGCGUUAUAAAAUGAUACGGGCCAUAAAGUGGGUGGAUGAGAUUGUGGAAGGGGCGCCGUACGUCACCACACUGGAGACGCUGGACAAGUACAACUGUGAUUUCUGUGUGCACGGAGAUGACAUCACAUUGACCGUGGACGGGAAGGAUACCUAUGACGAGGUGAAGAGAAUGGGCCGAUACAGGGAAUGUAAACGCACACAGGGAGUGUCUACGACAGACCUAGUGGGUCGUAUGCUCCUGUUAACAAAAGCACACCACAGUAACAUUGAUAACACAGCCUACCAGCUCCACACGGAUAACUUUGGGAAGGGUCCUAAAGGGCACAGCCCUUGGACUGGUGUCUCUCAGUUCCUGCAGACUUCUCAGAAGAUCAUCCAGUUCGCCUCAGGAAAAGAACCGCAGCCAGGAGACACCAUCAUAUAUGUGGCCGGAGCUUUCGACCUCUUCCACAUUGGUCAUGUGGAUUUCCUCGAAACUGUUCACAAACAAGCAGAGAAACCUUACGUCAUUGUCGGACUGCACUUUGACCAGGAAGUGAACCGCUACAAAGGGAAGAACUACCCCAUCAUGAAUAUUCACGAGAGAACUUUGAGUGUGCUGGCUUGCAGAUAUGUGUCAGAGGUUGUGAUCGGGGCUCCGUACGCAGUAGGAAAAGAUCUUCUGGAUCACUUUAAGGUGGAUCUGGUGUGUCACGGGAAGACAGAAGUGUUUCCCGACACAGACGGGACAGACCCUUACGAUGAGCCGAAGAAGAGAGGUAUUUUCCGCGUCCUAGACAGCGGCAGCGAUCUGACCACCGACGACAUCGUGCAGAGAAUCAUCGAGAACAGAUUGCAGUUUGAGGCCAGGAACCAGAAGAAGGAAGCUAAAGAGAUGGCUGUGUUCGAGGCUUUGAAGCAUAAAGAUGAUUCACUGAAGACCGAGGCGGCUCUCGCGAAGAAUUAACCGAGCUAUCCAAACCAAACAAAUCAAGGGCUUCGACGUAGAACUAAAAUGACCCCCCGGACUGUUAGAAAAGAAAACACGUGGAGGAACACGGACUUGUUUUUAUAUGUUGUACGACUCUUGUUUGACGACAAAAACACUUUGUUGUGCGCGGAGAGUUUUAAUGGUACCUGUUAAACGGGUUGAGAACUUUCUCUCUGAAUGGGAGGAGCACAGAGAAACGUUCAGCAAAUACGUUUGCGUCAUUUUAUCGGAAGAUUGUGUCAUUUUUUUAAAAUUGGUGUUCCAUCCGCACAUACUGUAUCUGUAGAUGAGCAGAGAAAUGCUUUGUGAAGGAACAUUUCAUGUUGACUUCAUUAGUAUGCAAGUUAGCGGUUAGUAUGUGUAAGCUUAAUUGUUUUUAUUUUAAUUUUUUAAUUUUGUGUUUUAUGUGUGGGUAAAUCUCAUGGAAACAUAUCCAGGUCACAUUUACCCCCCCCCCCCCCCCCCAAAAAAAUAUAUAUAUUUUGCAUUAAAAAAAAAAAAACCUGUUUUAGGAUUAUUAAAUGUUUUUGCAUUGUGGCAUUAUUUUUAUAAUUUAAAUUAAUUUCCAUCCAUAUUCUAAUUACCAUAAUGCAUCUGAAUGUUUUGUUUUAUUAUUUUAAUUUGUUUGCACAUUAUUUGCAGUAUUGACUCUUAUUGGCAAAAUUCUUAUCAAAACAAUCUCCAGCAAAAAAUCUUAAUGUUCCUAAUAUGUAUGUGUGUAUAUAUAGGUAAAAUGUGAUCUGGGGAUGUUUUGACAGGUUUUUCCCUGGUAUCUUUUAUUCUAGUGCUGCUGUUGUAGUUUUCCCAUCUUAUCAUAACUGGGAGUUUGAUAGGUGUUUUGUGAAAAAAGUUCAGAACCGAAGUUUUUUUCAAAUAUCGUUUCAUACACUGUCCACAGUCACAUAUCUGCCAUUUUUACUGUCUCUUUUACUCCGACCUCAGGUGAUUGUUAGAUGUCAGGACGCUGUGAUAUUCAAAAUUCACUGCUGGUUUAAUGUCACACUUUAAUUCAUUUUAAUGUGCAACAUAAAUAUUCUUCAUCUUUUCUAUGCAGUUUUGUCACCAGUUUCUGUUUUUAACCAGUUUCAAAGCACCUUGUUUUUAACAUUUCCUCUACAUUUAUAGUGAAAAACACUAAUUUAAAGUCUCUACGUUACAGAUGUGAGCAGAAAUGUUGAGUGACCAAUUCUGAAUGUACCAUUAGAUGCUGAUGAAUGUUUCUGGUGUGUUAUUAUCUUCAGACAAUCUUUUAAUUUAUUUGAUUUCAUCCCAUCAUAAACCGUAAAUCAUCAAAACACAAUUAAUUGCAAAGUAAAUUGCAAUUUUCACAAUAAAAAAAAAAUCAAAACAACGUUUCAAUGUAUCAACAGUGAAAUCUGUUCAGUUUUUAGAGAAAUAUAGCUUGGAAUGUUUUGUUUUCCAAAUGAAUAUUGAUAAAUUUAUGUAAUUUUUGUACAUAAAUAUAAUGUGAAGUACAAGCAUAAUGUACUGAAUUUACAGCAGGUUAGGUUGAAUUUGUGUGGUCACUGGCUGGUGAUUAAAAACAUCAAACUGUUAAAGCAUCAUAAAUCAAUAAAUUAUAUUUUGUGUAAUUAA